AGAAGACGGCGCCAAGGAUUAAACAGUCACCACACCACCAUUAGAUUAAAAGUGCAACCUCAACCGAAUCUAUUACAAACCAGAAUUUAUUAGAAAACAAAUUAAUAAACUGUUUUAUUAUUUCCUCAAUAUAUGUAUAUAUAUAUAUACAUUUCCUCUAUAUAUUUUUUGAUAUGAUAAAUCGUCGACGAAGAGGUAGUUCUGUAGCAAGCAGGCAAGACGAAGAAAUAAUGGAUGACUCCACACCAGAACAAUCUCCAGUACAAACGGGUGGAAGAAAGAGGAAGCGCCUUGAUCCAUCUGAGCUGUGUCAACAACUUUACGAUUCCAUUCGAAAUAUCAAAAAAGAAGACGGUUCCAUGCUCUGCGACACUUUUAUUCGAGCUCCAAAGAGGCGACAGGAACCAUCAUACUAUGAUGUAGUGGCAAAUCCAAUUGAUUUGCUUAAAGUCCAACAGAAACUAAAAACAGAUUCAUACGAUGAUGUCGACGAACUCGCGCAUGACAUUGAACUUCUAGUAAACAAUGCAAAAGCAUUUUAUAAAGUCGAUUCGCCUGAAUACCAAGACGCAUGUUCACUCUGGCAAUUUUUCACAACAAAUAAAUCAAAAAUACUUGACGCCGCCGGUAUAGAAGAAGAACCACGGUCAAAGCGCGUUGGUCGUAACCCACGCAGAUCCACAGCAAAUGAAAGCGAAACCUCAGAGUGUUCUAACAAAUUAGAUGAAGAUUUCGAUCCUUAUGAAGAGCUUUUUGCAUCAGUAAUGACUGCAACUGAUCCCACAGCGAAUGAUCGUGCCUUACACAGAGAGUUCCAAUUAUUGCCAUCGAAAAAAGUUUAUCCUGACUAUUAUGAUGUGAUAGAGCAUCCAAUUGACUUGAGAUUGAUUGCCAUAAAGAUCCAAACUAAUGCUUAUUCGAAUCUUAUGGAAAUGGAAAAAGAUCUUCUACAAAUGACAAAAAAUGCAUGCCAAUUUAAUGAGCCUGGAUCUCAAAUUUACAAGGACGCUAAGACUCUGAAAAAGAUUUUUACACAAAAAAAGUUGGACAUAGAAACCGGCCGAGCUAAGGCAACCACUUCAAAAAAAGCUAAAAUAUGCCCUAGUGUUGCAAUUUCUUCUUUAAAAGUCGAAGUUGAUACUUCAGACGAUGAAGACACAGAUAAAAAAGGAGAGGGACCUAUGUGGGCAUUGUUUGAUCAUUUAUUCAACGCUGCAAGCUCUUCGGAUCAUCCUAAUGCAACCGGCGCUCCACUUGGUACAUCAUUAUGGAAACUUCCCUACCGACGAUUCCAUCCUGAAUAUUUUGAAUUGAUUAAACGGCCAAUUUCAAUGUGUCAAAUUCAGACAAAACUUAAGAAAGGUGUAUAUGCGAACAUAACUGAUUUAACUGCCGACUUAUACUUAAUGUUAGAUAACGCUAAAAAAGCGUUUGCCCCAACACAUCGCACUCACAAGGACGCAGUAAAGAUGUUGAGAAUAAUGAACGCAAAACUUAUUGAAGAAGGUUUAGAUGCGGAAAUGAGCGAUAUUGAGGAACCACCUAGUGACACUUCAAAUUUAAAUGCUAUACAACCGAAGAAAAAAGGUCGCCCUAGAAUAAAUUCUAACAUCAAUUCGCCAACAUCUGUACCACCAAGUGUGUCAUCGGCUGGUCAAUCCAAUUUAUCACCAAAAAGUCGUACUCCAGCUAUUUCCGCAAUAAGAAAGAAAAUGGUUGCGAUUCAAAAGUAUUUGGCAGAAUAUACAGUUGAUGGACGAAAUCUUGCACAAUUAUUUAUGGAAAAACCCCCCAAAAAAAUGUAUCCUGAUUAUUAUGAUGUAAUUCAAAAUCCAAUUGAUAUGACCACAAUUGAAAGUAAUAUUCGCCAAGAAAAAUAUAACACUUUGGAAGAGUUGAUAUCUGAUUUCCGUAUAAUGUUUUCAAAUUGCCGACAAUACAACGAAGAAGGCUCCCAAAUUUUUGAGGAUGCUAAUGUUUUGGAAAAAGCAUUAAAUGAAAAGUUAAACGAAUAUCCGGGCUUAAACGAGUCCAAGAAACCAAACUCCAAAUUAAAAUUUGGCCGUAAAAAGAAACCUCUUAUAAACAAACUUUGGAUGUAUUACGAAACAAUAAAAGAAUUCCAAGAACCCAAAGGAAAGCGACAAUUGUCUUUGAUUUUUACAAAACUCCCAUCUAAAAAUGAAUACCCAGACUACUAUGAUAUAAUCAAAGACCCUAUUGAUAUGGAAAAAAUUUCUCAAAAAUUAAGACAAGGUUCUUAUGAAAGUAUCGACGAACUGACAGCAGAUUUCUUGUUAAUGCUUGAAAAUGCUUGCAAAUAUAACGAACCAGACUCACAAAUUUAUAAAGACGCAUUAGUAUUGCAACAGCUGGUUAUUCAAAUGAAGCAAACAUUGAGAGAAGGAGAUGAAAUACUUCCUGAUGUCGCACUUGCAGUACAAGAAUUGUUACUUUCUCUAUUUUCUUCAAUGUAUAAUCAUCAAGAUGCAGAAGGUCGGUGCUAUUCUGAUUCAUUGUCAGAGCUACCAGAAUACGAUUCAGUUUCUAGUGAUGGAAAUAACAAACAGCGUGGUAUCUCAUUGGAUUUAAUAAAACGUCGAUUAGAUAAAGGAGUUUAUAAACGCUUAGAUAUAUUUCAAGAAGAUAUAUUUAUGUGUUUGGAACGUGCACGUAAACUAUCAAGGACUGACUCAGACAUUUUUGAAGAUUCUAUCGAACUUCAAUCAUUUUAUAUUAAGAAACGAGAUCAGCUUUGCAAGGAUAUACUCAGCUCACCGGCUUUGAUGUACACAACUUCUCAUUUAGAAGCUGAUGUUGACGCUGUAAGACAAACCAAGCUACUUCAAGAAGAACAAGAUCAAGAUGAUGAAGAUAAAGCAGUAAGUUGUGUAGUUUCUGAUCCAAAUACAUUUUUAAAACAAUUUUAUUAUCCAUGAAAGGCUACCCAAGGCGAAAGUUUGACAAUUGAUCAGAGGGUUUACUCUCCUGGAGAUUUUGUGUACGUUGAGUCAUCAGAAAACAAAAUCCCAAGCGUUGCAUACAUUGAACGUUUGUGGACAACAAAUGAAAAUGUAAAGAUGAUGCAGAUUCGUUUGUUUAUGAGGCCCCACGAAACUUAUCAUUUAACAACGAGAACGUUUUUGGAGCAGGAAGUAUUUAAUACACAUGUUGUAACGGUACCUCUGGCCAAAGUUCUUAACAAGUGCUAUGUAAUGCACAUAAAAGAUUAUAUCAAAUACAAACCAGAAGGAUUUGCUGACAAAGAUGUUUACGUAUGUGAAUCUCGGUACACCGUUAGACAAAAAAUGUUUAAGACUAUUAAAUAUUGGAAUUUUGUGAGAGAAAAUGACCCAGUCAAAUUUAUUCCGAGAGAAACUCCACUCGAGUUAAAACGUGUUAUAUCGGUGUUUAAGGAACGCGUUGAAAAGCACAAAGGUGAAUUAGCCGAGUUAAAGCUUCAGGAGGCGCUUGUUGAAAAAGAUAAACCAAAUGUCGAAUGCCCCACUCCAAUUGGUGGAGAAGCAAAUAGUAAUUAUUACCAGCAGUACAAUACUAUAUGCAGUGGCGUCAUUAAAUUAGGUGACUUUAUUUAUGUGGCCACACAAAGUGGAAAACAAUCAAUUGCUCAAAUUCAUUCAAUAUGGGAAUCAUCAGGAAAAUCUUAUUUCCAAGGACCAUGGCUGUUAGCACCAAAUGAAAUCGUAUCGCCACCAAAUAAAACUUUUUAUCAACAAGAAUUACUACUGUCCACAGUGCAGGAAAUCAGUCCAAUAAUCGCAAUAGUUGGACGUUGUGCUGUUUUGGAAUACAGCGAAUACUCAUCAUGCCGCCCAACUGAGAUCUCAGAGAGCGACGUGUACAUUUGCGAAUCUGUAUACGAUGAAUUGAAGAAGUCUAUUCGCAAAUUGAACCCUAACACUGGUCUCAAGAAAUUCAUUCAUGGGCCGCUAGUGACACAAGAUGAAAUAUUCCAUUUUAAAACAAUAAUAAAACCUGUGAAAAAGGGGGAACAAAAGAUUAAUAUUUCCCAAGAUAUAAAAUGUUCGGAUCUUAAAAUUGAAACAAAUGAUAGUCUAGGUGUUUUAGAAGAUUCCUUAGACGGCGGGCCUCCUUCGGUGAAUUCCGACAUAGCUACAUCCUCUCCAGCACAAUCAAUAUCCUCCACUCCACUUUCAUCCAAGCUUAAGCCUAUAAAAAGCAGUAAAUCUAAAGUCUUGACUGGGUAUAUUUUGUACUCAUGUGAAGUUCGAAAAGGCAUUUGUCAAAGUAAUCCAGAAUCUACGUUUGGUGACAUAUCUCGAAUGGUAGGUAAUGAAUGGAAGAAUCUUCCAGCCAGUGUAAGGCAAACCUGGGAGGAUAAAGCUACAAAAAUGAAUGAGGAAAAUGCAGCAAAGCAUAUUGAAGAUCAAUUAAACUGCAGAAGUCCUACUCCAGUUGAAAAUCAAGUCUUUGAGUGUUUAUGGGAAAAUUGUGAUUAUCAAUUUGAAGACGCCGUUGACUGUAUGGAGCAUUGCAUUCAAGAUGUUGAUGGACAUGUUCAAAAGUCCUACGUUCAUCAAGGAAAUGAUGCUGAAUUUCAUUGUUUAUGGAAAAAUUGUAUUCGUGCUAAGAAAAAUAUGGCAGCUUUUCCUCAUUUACAAAGACUAAUCAAGCAUGUCCGCGAAGUCCACCUUAAUAAAGGAGGAAAAAUGAUAUUACCCGCUGAUAGAAACAAAAACUAUUUUCACCGAAAAAUGCCACAUCAUCAAAGUAAUGUACACAAUUCUCAGACCAAUUCUGGGCCUCUUAUCUCACCAAGGCCUGUGCAGCAACAGCAACCACAACAACAAAUUAUACUUGCAGCACCUCCUCCAGAACCAAUGUUUGUUACAGUUCCACCAAGACCUCAGAGGGUUCUCCAUAGUGAAGCAUAUAUUCGUUAUAUUGAAGGACUACAAAAUAAUAGCCCACAUAUUGGAUCAUGGUGUAAAACCCUAAAAGCAACUCAACAAAGAACACCAAGUGUUGAAUCAACUCGCUUACCAUCACAUUGGCUGGGUAAGCAUGCCAAAGAUCAACAUGAUGAAGUAGCAAAUUGUCUUUGGCAUUUACGCGAUUUUAUGAUGAAAGAUGUUAUGGAAAUCAAACGCAGUUAUUUUUAAUUUUUUAUUAAGUGGUAUAUUACAAUUUUGAUUUCAUUGAUUUUUGAAGUAAUUCAACUACUUCAGAUGCACAUCCCCAAGACAGAGUAACACCGCAACCACCAUGUCCGUAGUUAUGAAUCAAAAUUUUAUUAUUAUCUGUAAAUUAUGAUAAAAAAUAAAAAUAAUAGUAUUAAAAAAAAGUCAAAACCAUAAUUAAA